GCACAGGGGAGGCCCUGCUGGAGCAGCCGGAGGCUAAUGCUGCAGAGACGGGAUUCCAGCCUCCUCCUCCAACGGCUGUGCCCCAGCCAGCGAUUUCCUCUGAGGUCUGGAUUGGUCCAGGGAGCAGCAGAGGGCUGGCAAAGAGCCUCUAUAUAUUCCUCGGAGGGAAAGGCAGUCCCAGACAGUUAGGAGUUCUCAAAGACUCGCUCUGCUGUGCAGAAUCUCGUGUUCAAAACAGAGACGCUGAGCCGCUUGCCACAAUGUGCAAAGGACUUGCGGCUUUGCCCCAUUCGUGCCUGGAAAGGGCCAAGGAGAUUAAGACCAAGUUGGGAAUUCUCCUCCAGAAGCCAGACUCAGCGGUUGACCUUGUCAUCCCAUACAAUGAGAAGCCGGAGAAACCAGCCAAGACCCAGAAACCCCCGCUGGAUGAGGCUCUGCAAUGGCGUGACUCCCUGGACAAGAUCCUGCAGAACAACUAUGGGCUUGCCAGCUUCAAAAGUUUCCUGAAGUCUGAAUUCAGCGAGGAAAACCUCGAGUUCUGGCUGGCCUGUGAGGACUACAAGAAGAUCAAGUCCCCUGCCAAGAUGGCCGAGAAGGCGAAGAAAAUUUAUGAAGAAUUCAUCCAAACGGAGGCUCCUAAAGAGGUGAAUAUCGAUCACUUCACAAAGGACAUCACCACGAAGAGCCUGGUGGAACCGUCCCCGAGCAGCUUCGACGUGGCCCAGAAAAGAAUCUAUGCUCUGAUGGAAAAGGAUUCACUGCCUCGCUUUGUGCGCUCUGAGUUUUAUCAGGAAUUAAUCAAGUAGUAAUUUAGUCGGGCUGUGUGGAUCACCCAGUGAGUUAUUUCCUCUGCGAUAACCCUGCAUUUUCCAGCAAUCUAAUCUACAUUAGCUUCCCACAGCUGCUUCGUUCAAAGAUACCCAAACAGGGGAAAAUCCCGGGUGGCGUUGUUGACUCUUUUUGUGCACAUUAUUUUGGAUGUUUAUCUAGUGUCUGAAUGCCUUCCUCUCCCAUUUUCUUCUUCCUGCCCCAUUCUUAAGGAUGUUGUUGUCAACGCUAAUCACAGUCACAGGAAAAUUCUACUUAUGGCAAGGAAACAUAAGAAAAGAGUAUGAUACCGUAGAAUGUGGGUCCGUUUGGUUUAGGUAAUGGAUCUCUGUCCGCCCAGAUUGGUACGAAAAAGAAUGUGGAUGUGGACAGACGAUUUCAAAUGAGAUCCAUUGAUCUCAUUUGUUGUUUUCAUUCUGACCCAGGGGGAAUUAUCCCUCCAUUUCUGACCUUGGUUACGAAAAGGUGGUAAGAAUUGUAUGAGGCAGCCAUUAUUUGAUUUCUAAGCAAAUACAUUAUUUAAAAUAUCAAUCUUCCCUUUAGAGCCUCUUUGCAUUGGCUGGAGAUCACUAGCCAGAGAUAUAACCAUAAAUAUGUUAUGUUUAUACAAAGUCAAGCUGAACACAAUCCAUAUUGGUUCUUUCCUUAUACCUCUCUCAUACCCCCCACCAAGUUACCAAAUCUUGUAUUAAAUCAACAACCUGACAAUGGAGUAUUUAAUAAAUGUAUAUAUAUAUAUAUAUAUAUAUAUAUAUAUAUAUAUAUAUAUAUGCAUCUAAGUA